UUGUAUUUUAAUUUUAUUGAAGCGGCAAAAGCACGAGGCUUAUUAGAUGAUGAUAAUAUUUGGAAAGAAACAAUUGCUGAAGCUUUUGGCUCUCAGAAAAGAGUUCGACAGCGAAUUCGUUGGCUCGCCUUAUUUUUUGGAUCAGCCAAUUUGUCAAACCCCACAGUGUUACUUGAUUAUGUGUUGGGACUUAAAGAAGACUGGCUUGUCGGUACUCGAGUUGCUGGAAAAAGUUUUGAAGCAAGAAAAGAAUAUGUUCUCAACGCUCUUGAGUGGUUUUUAAGGGUUAAUGGUGUCAGGCCAGAUGAACUAGAACGUGAUGAUGAUACAUAUCAAUCAGCCUGUGAAAAAAUCGGCUUACCUCGACCAACAUGUAGAAAUAUACAACCAGAACUUUUAAUUCAGGUUGUAAAUUAAUAUGUAAAUUUAUUAAGAAAAUAUAGGCUGAAAUUGAUGCUGAUACAAUGCUAAACAACAACGUUGAUCCUAUUUUAUUGGAAAAAAAUGAACGAAAAAAUA